AUGUCCUACAACAAGCCUACAAGUCCACCCCCGUCCUACCCUCAACCAGCCUACAACAAUAAUCCGGGCUACCAAUCCCCGCCGCCCCAAGGCGGAGGCGCCGCAUCAGACUACUAUGGCCAGCAAGGUCAACAGGGCUACUAUGGACAGCAACAAGGCUAUCCUCAACAACAGCAGGGAUACUAUAAUCAGCCGCAAGGCCAGAUGUACUACCCCCCGCAACAGCAGUACCCACAGCAGCAACAGGGUUACUACGGCGGUGGCAAUCGGUAUGGCGGUAACAGCGGUGGCGGAGGAUCUGGUGCAGGUGGAAUCUGUGCUGGUUUGAUGGCUGCGAUGGCUUGUUGCUGCUGCUUGGAUAUUUUGUUCUAG